CUGCCGGCCGGGUCUCCACUUCCGGGCGCUUCAACAAGUUCUUCCGGUCCGCUCCCCCCCCUCCCGCUUGCGCCUUCUGCUUCCCGGGACGGUCGUUUUCGGGGACUAAAGGCUACUAGGCUAAAUAUUUACUUCAUCCACCCCAAAAUUAAAGGUUUAUUUUGAACAUAUGUUACAAAUAUGGCUGUGUCUCUUAUUAUAAAAUGGGGUGGACAGGAAUUUUCGAUAACCACCUUGUCAGAAGAAGACACAGUAUUGGAUCUCAAGCAGUCGCUCAAAGGACUUACUGGGGUGUUACCUGAGCGCCAAAAGCUUCUUGGACUUAAAGUGAAAGGCAAACCAGCAGAGAAUGAUGUCAAGCUUGGAACACUAAAACUGAAACCUAAUACAAAAAUCAUGAUGAUGGGGACUCGUGAGGAAAGCUUGGAAGAUGUCCUUGGGCCACCGCCUGAUAAUGAAGAUGUAGUUAAUGAUUUUGAUAUUGAAGAGGAAGUUGUUGAAGUAGAAAACAGGGAAGAGAAUCUGCUAAAAAUCUCACGCAGAGUUAAGGAGUACAAAGUAGAAAUAUUGAAUCCUCCGCGGGAAGGGAAGAAAUUAUUGGUCCUAGAUGUUGAUUACACGUUGUUUGACCAUAGGUCAUGUGCAGAAACUGGGAUUGAAUUGAUGAGACCAUACCUUCACGAGUUCCUAACAUCAGCAUACGAAGACUAUGAUAUUGUGAUUUGGUCUGCUACUAACAUGAAAUGGAUUGAAGCUAAAAUGAAAGAGCUGGGAGUGAGCACUAACGCAAACUACAAGAUCACCUUCAUGCUGGAUAGUGCUGCCAUGAUAACUGUGCACACUCCAAGACGAGGAUUAAUUGAUGUGAAACCUUUAGGAGUCAUAUGGGGUAAAUUUUCAGAGUUUUAUAGCAAGAAAAAUACUAUUAUGUUUGAUGACAUUGGACGAAAUUUUCUGAUGAACCCACAAAAUGGACUAAAGAUAAAACCCUUCAUGAAAGCCCAUUUAAACAGAGAUAAAGAUAAGGAGCUUUUAAAACUUACUCAGUAUCUCAAGGAAAUAGCAAAAUUAGAUGACUUUUUGGACUUGAACCACAAACACUGGGAAAGGUACCUUUCCAAGAAGCAAGGCCAGUAGCUUUAAUCUGUGGCACUGAAACCAGAUGGAACAUAGAGACCCUCUGACCUUUCCUCUUGUGUAAGAUAGAAUAAAGUAGUGCUGGACACUGACUUAACCACCAGAA